UUAAUUUACCAGCAAAUUCCCUAUAUAUAUAACUAAUCACAUACAUAAAUAUACAACUAAUCAUAUUGUCCAGCUCAUUUACGUAUUCUCUCUUAAGAUCUCAUCAACCAUGUCUUACGCUUAUCUUUUCAAGUAUAUCAUUAUCGGCGAUACCGGAGUCGGAAAAUCAUGUCUUCUGUUGCAAUUUACGGACAAACGAUUUCAACCAGUCCAUGACUUGACCAUUGGAGUUGAAUUUGGAGCUAGAAUGAUUACGAUAGACAACAAACCAAUAAAACUACAGAUCUGGGACACGGCUGGCCAAGAAUCAUUCAGAUCUAUCACAAGGUCAUACUACAGAGGUGCUGCUGGGGCACUGCUUGUUUAUGAUAUUACCAGGAGGGAAACAUUUAAUCACCUUGCUAGUUGGCUGGAAGAUGCAAGGCAGCAUGCAAAUGCAAACAUGACUAUAAUGCUGAUUGGAAACAAGUGUGAUCUUGCUCACAGAAGAGCAGUAAGCACAGAGGAAGGCGAGCAGUUUGCCAAGGAAAAUGGGUUAAUAUUUAUGGAGGCCUCUGCUAAAACAGCUCAGAAUGUUGAGGAGGCUUUUAUCAGAACGGCCUCCACGAUCUAUAAGAAAAUACAGGAUGGAGUGUUUGAUGUAUCAAAUGAGUCAUAUGGAAUAAAAGUUGGGUAUGGAGGCAUUCCUGGACCAUCAGGUGGAAGAGACGGAGCUGCUUCUCAAGGAGGAGGUUGUUGCAGUUGAAAGCGGAAACAUCAUUCUUCAGAUUCGUUCAUCUCCUGUGGUUAUUUAUUUGUUUCUUUACAUUCUAUGGUAUCUCCAAUUUGUUUGUGUUUAUGUUAAUAUCUGGGCAAAUAUAAGCAACUUUACUUUUAUUGUGACUUGUCUUUAUUCUUUGAUCUCUCCUUGUAAUAUUUGACACCAAAUGUGUAUAAAGUUCUAUAGAUCUUUUGUUUGUGUA